AUGCAAGUCCUUCUCCUCGGUGGUCACGGCAAAAUCGCCCUCCACUUAACCCCACUCCUUCUCAACCGCGGCUGGAAUGUUACCAGCGUGAUCCGCAAUCCGGAACAUGAGAAUGAGAUUCUCGCGCGGGGCAAAGGCGCCAAGGGCAAACUGAAUGUCCUCAUCUCCAGUCUAGACGAUGUCAAGAGCGAUCAAGAUGCAAAGAAGGUCAUUGACGCUGUGUCUCCGGAUUAUGUAGUAUGGUCAGCCGGUGCUGGCGGUAAAGGGGGCCCCGAGCGGACGUUUGCCAUUGACGAACGCGCCGCCAAACACUUUAUCUCUGCGUCGUUUGCUUCCCCCCGUGUGACCAAGUUCUUCCUCAUUUCCUGGAUCGGUAGUCGGCGUGUUCAGCCGAGCUGGAUAUCUGAUGAGAGCUGGAAGUCUCUACAGAACGUUUUUUAUAACGUUCUUCCCGCGUAUGCGAAGGCUAAAUUGGAAGCGGACGAGUACCUGACUGCGUUUGCGGCUCGGCGCAAGCAGAGUUAUCCAUCGCCAUUUCAAGCUAUUUGUCUGCGGCCGGGCACUCUGACCGACAAACCGGCAACGGGAAAGGUGCAGCUGGGUAAGACAGAAGGUCGGGGCGAAGUGACCAGAGAGGAUGUGGCAAUUGUGGCGGAUCGGUUGCUUGCUCGUUCUGAUACGAACGGCUGGUAUGACCUGAUCAAUGGGGAUGAGCCGAUUGAUGAUGCGGUGGAACGAGUAGCAAGAGAAAAGGUGGAUGCGGUUGAAGGGGAGGAUGUAGAUGCAAUGGUGAAGCGGUUCUUCCCGUAA